GAAGAAACUUUGUCGGAUUUAACUCGACCUGUGAGAGGCAUAUACAAUCCAGAGUUUAAAAGUUGUAUUAUUAUUUAAAUACUGUAGAUCGAUACUAUAGCGAGCCAGGUGUGAUAGUUACCUCAGCCUACAGUUCAGACCCGUGCCAGUGUAGCUUGCUGCUGGUAUUUUGGUGAACAAAAAUCAUCCUUUAAAUCAAUAUGUACACGUGCUAUCUCGCGCCAAACAUGUCGGUGAUAUAAAGUGGCCACUAUGUAACGGUUGGGCAGAGGACGGAUCUGUGAGAGCUCAUCCUGGAUGUAAACACACCAUCGUUCCUCCUCCUCCUCUCACCACGUGGGUAUAGACGGGACCGGCCCUGACCCCCCAACACAUGUUCUCCUCGCGAGAGAACUUAGCAAUGUUUGUGUAUUGGAUGUACGCAUGCGCCGAGCGAUGAUGGCGACACACUGCAAUGUUACGGAAGAAAAACACUAGCAACUGUAUACUUAAACUGUAAUUGAACAGUGGUGCGCGAUUUAAUGUCGAGGGACAACUUCUCCCCAUGGACUAUGCACUAUGAUGUUGAGCUCUGGUGCUGGGUACCUAUGGCUGAGCGUGUUUCUGUCGACGGUGAGCCUCUCGGAGCAGACAUUGACUAGAGGACUAGGCAGUGACGACGAGGUUUCCUUAGUAGAGGAGCUAUUUGAAUUAAGUAACUACAACCCUCUGAUUCGGCCCGUGGAGAACGUAUCACAAUCACUCAUAGUCAAGUUCAGCCUCGCUCUCAGUCAGAUCAUCACCGUGGAUGAGAAAAACCAGAUCAUGAAGACUAAUGUCUGGCUACAGCUGUAUUGGUACGACUAUCAGCUGAAGUGGAAUCCUGCAGACUUCGGAGACAUUACCAGUAUACGGAUUCAUCCAGAGAAGGCGUGGCGACCGGACAUCGUAUUGUUUAACAAUGCUGACGGGAACUAUGAGGUGUCGUACGAAUCUAACGUGGUGCUAAACUACACGGGCAACCAUUACUGGAUUCCACCUGCGAUCUACAAGAGCUCGUGCACCAUCGAUGUCCAGUACUUCCCAUUUGACCAACAGGAAUGUGAGAUGAAAUUCGGUUCCUGGACAUUUAAAGGCGAUCAGAUGAAAUUUUACUUUUACAGAAACAUGAGCACGCUAGACUUCACCGACUACCUCAAGAGUGGCGUGUGGGACGUGAUCGAUUGUCCUGGUAGGAUCGAACCAGGGGGAAACGAUACCAAGUCUAUGGUCGUGUUUAAAUUCAUUUUAAGGAGGAAAACAUUAUUCUACACAGUGAACCUAAUCAUCCCUUGUGUCCUCAUCUCGUUUGUAAGUGUAUGUGUGUUCGCGCUGCCGGCAGACGCGGGAGAAAAGAUCACCCUUUGUAUAUCCAUUUUACUGGCGUUAGUUGUGUUCCUUCUUCUGAUUUCCAAGAUUUUACCUCCUUCCCUGACCAUCCCCCUGAUUGCCAAAUAUCUCUUGUUUACCUUCAUCAUGAAUAUUUUCGCCAUUGUUUGUACAGUUGUUGUUAUAAAUAGAAACUACAGGACACCCCGAACACAUAGAAUGCCUUAUUGGAUCAGAUACGUCUUUCUAAACAUUUUACCCCGAUUUCUUUUGAUGGAACGACCUGAUCAUGACAAACGGUGGAGAAAACCGGAAGAAGAAAAGCAAGCCUCGAAAGUAGAAGGAAGUUCAACAGAAAUGCAUAAUACACUUCCGGUGAACAAACCGUCCGGAGUGCUUGAGUUGACGGAAAUACACCAUCCCAACUGUCGUCUGAACCCAAAACCGACAACAGUGGAUUACAACGCCGACAGAGAUGGCACUCAAAUUCGAUACCGGAUGUCAUCGGAAGUGAUGAAAGCAACAGAGGCCCUUAGAUUCAUCACUCAACAUCUGGAGGUCGAAGAUGAAUAUGCAACAAUUUUAGACGACUGGCGGUAUGUUGCCCGUGUGAUGGACCGAUUGUUGUUGUACAUAUUUCUGAUGGUGACAUUCGGGGGAACAGUGGGCAUUCUUCUGCAGGCCCCACAUAUCCUCGAGUAUGUGGACCAGGACGAAAUAAUUGACCAGUUCAAAAAAAAGUGGGGCUGACGUCGCUUCCGGUCAAAAAUGGCAGGAAUACCCACAAAACGUCUGAUUCAAUAGGCGACUAUAUAUUUCCACUGGGCAUGCGCAUACAGUGUCAGUAUGUGAUGACACCUGAUGCUGGAUCAGAGGUCAAAGUCUGUACAUGAAAUAUUGAAAAAUGUUGCUGAAGCAACACAUCACCUCGGUGAAAUGUACGUACACACCAUUUAGCACGUGCCAGGGCUAAUGUACGGUCCCCCAAAAUCGUGCAUUGUGCACUUGAAUAAAUACCAGUUGACAUUUUCCUAUCGGUACAACAGCAGUAUUUUUUGGGAAUCAAAACGGAGUGGAUGAUCUUAGUGCUAUUAUUUUGAGAGUUAAUUGACUGUCACGUGAUCAGGUGUGUUUUGUUUGUUAUACAGCUCGUGUAGGCGUUAUUUCUGUUGAGAUAUUGUAGAUGGUUAUUUAGAUGUGUGAGAGUCGUAGAGUAACAGCAUUAAUAAUGACUUUCCAUCGUCAUUGUCCCCCAUGCUGAUGGUACCCCGUACCAUGUUCCAGCACAUUACAUAUUUAUGACGUAUUCAUGUUGGUUUUUGAUUAUGCGUGUAGGAACAAUCACAUUUCACGUGUCUGUAUUUAUUUACUGGUGAAAUAAAACCAGGCGGUGAAUAUAUUAAUGUAUUGCUACUUUUACUGUGCAAUGUAGUUCUUUGGUACGUUCAGAUCUUGUGUAUUUUUAGAAACACAGUUGUUCACAGUAAAUUUUGUGUAUUUGUAUAUUACGAAGAAAGUCAUCACUGAGAAUAUGAAACAUCGAAUCAAAUUCAAAGUUAAGAAUUUGGGUGGUUUGUAUUUCUGUAGGACGUGUAUCUCACACCAAUGAUUGUUAGCAGAUCGUUGGUGUUCCGGAAUAAUACUCUACUUUCGUGACUCUAUGCAAUGUUUAAGAUUUAGCCGAAGACAGAAAUUCAGUCAAUUUUAUUCGAUAACACCAGAACACCUGUAAGAUCAGAGCACUUUAAGUUCUAACCAAAGACAGAAUAUCAGUAAUUUUAGUCGAUAACACAACACCUGUAACUUCAGAACACAGGUGAAUUCUACCCGGCGAUAGAACACCUGUGAAUUCUACCCGAUGACAGAACACCUGUCAGUUCUAGCCGAAGACAGAACACUUGUCUGUUCUAGCCGAAGACAGAAUACCUGUCUGUUCUAGUCGAUGACAGAACAUCUGUCAGUUCUAGUCGAUGACAGAACAUCUGUCAGUUCUAGCCGAC